AUGUUCAUUGUUCAAGAGCACGUUGUGGCGUGGGCCCUGGCCGGGCUGAGUCUUGUUCUGCUAGUCAUUGCAACGAUACUGAACGCGAUCUUCGCGUUUUCUCUUCACAGCUCAGUCGCAACUAUCCAGUUACUUGCGUUCAUGGCCCUUGCAAUAAAUAUGUUGGCAAUCUGUAGCUUCAGCUUCAUGAUCUCCCAUUACAUCCCGAAGUUGAACGGCGCAUCGACAAGAUGGUCUGAUGCUUUGGUUUGGCGCUUCUUCGGCCUGUCUCUUUCAAUCGCCUCCGUGGCAGCUUUGUUGACGUUCAUCACAUUGGUCUGGGCGGCAGUCAGACUGGCUGAUCUGCCGGAUCAAAUUGUUGGACGACCAUCAAGAAGUGAUUUGAUUGCUUGGUUUGCCAUCUGGAGUAUUUGCGCGGUGCUGCAGACUGGGACGUAUGCUUUCGUCGGGUGGUGGACCAAGCGUGCCCUACACAGCCACUCUCUUGCUGCCGUGGAUCUUGAGUUCAAUGUUGAAUCGCCGGAGAUGGAACACCCUCCUAUUCAGCCCCGACCAACCUCUGGCUCUUUCCGAUCAGAAGAUCCCACUCUCGCAUCCCCACCACAGACACCCACAACAAUUGGCAUGUCUAGUCCUUUCAGAUUGUCUCAUUCUGGGGGCAAGGGUGGGCCUACGUCUUCCCGUACGAGGCUGGUACAUUCAACAUCAUUCACCAAAGACUCUGCCAAGUCAUCCUUCGAUUGUCCGUCAGCUGAAGCUGUGUCGAUUGAUCAUCCCUUUGACAAUUGGGAUACCUCUGGCCUUGCGCGUGAUGUGCGUACAACCUUACACUCCACGCCGCCAGUUACUCGAUCAGGCUUGGCAACCAUCCCAGGUAGUAGACCUGAGUCACCUGCCAAAGCACUGGACGGACCAUUUCUGCCAGAAACACUCAGCGCCGCAGCGUCAGCUCCUUCCACGGCUAUAGAGAGCCAUGGUCAUUCCAGUUCACAUGAAGCCGGCAUCUCAUCACCACCAUCAAGCCCACCAAAUUUCUCCCGCCCAUCCUCCAGGCAGGUCAACCAACCUACCAUGAGCUCUGCCCUGCAUCAAGCCGUUGUUGAAGGCUCCGUAGAGGACAUGAUUCAUCCUUUGUUUCGACCAAGCAGUCCACAUCCGACACCAACAGCCUCGGUCGGAACCAGGGUCACUGCCUCGCCAUUGGCUGGACAAUCAAUUACUCCGAAGAUCUUGAUCCGGAUGAGGUCUGCGAGCAUGCCUCAGCAGUCUCGACCGCUGAUCGAAGAGGAAAUGCCGCCGCUAAACACCGAGUCUGACUCGAGCAGAACUGAUGCAGGAAGCCCUGGCCCUUCCAUUGUUGAGGACGACGAAUCAGGAGCAGUCAUUCCUGACUUCGUUCUCUCAGCCGGACAGCGGAGCAGUUAUGCAGGAUAUGACAGACGAAAAUCGGUCAAGAGCAGGCCAGCUUCAUUUCACUCGCAGGGAGACCGGUUGAGCAUGGUCUUGUUAUGA